UGUACAUAAUAAAACACAUUCAAUUCAUACAUCUGUGGACGCUUUUGAAUUAUUGAAAAAUAAAACAAGUCCAGCAAAAAUGGAGUUGAAAUUAUUUGCAUUAUUAUUGGCUGGAUUCAUCAUUUGCGAGCUUAAUGUUGGCUAUGUCGGUGCUAAAUCUGAAGAAAAAUGUGAGAAUCGCAAAUUUGAGAAUAAAGUGAUUAUAGUAACUGGUGCUAGUUCCGGGAUCGGUGCCGAUGCUGCCAAACAUUUAGCAAAGCUGGGUGCAAGUCUUUCAUUAGUUGGUCGUAAUAUGUCGCGAUUGAAUGCCGUUUAUGAUGAAAUCGUAAAUGCCGGAGCAACCACCCCAUUGAAAAUUGUAGCUGAUAUCACAAAAGAUGCAAAACGAAUUGUUGAUAAGACCGUUAAUCAUUUCGGACAAUUGGAUGUCCUCAUAAACAAUGCCGGUAUAAUGGUCGCAGCCAAUGCUGAAAAUGUUGACUUGAUAGAUUUUGAUCUUAUUUGGCACACCAAUGUACGCGCACCACUUGAGCUCACAAAAUAUUCCAUUCCGCAUUUGUCAAAGACCAAGGGAAAUGUUUUGAAUAUCGCAAGUAUUGAUGGUC